AUGCAUUCGAAUCUGCUCAAGCUCCUCUUUGCAAGCGUUGCGGCUGUGGGAUCGGUCUCUGCUGCUCUUGUUACGAGUGCUGAGAGUUCUGUGUCUUCUUAUGAUGCAAUCAUCGUGGGCGCCGGCGUUGCUGGCAAUGUCGUAGCAGAACGUUUGGCCGGGAGCGGUGCCAAAACUCUGCUGCUCGAAAGAGGACCUGCUUCUACUGCCAAAUCCGGCGGCACGCAUUUCAUGCCAUUCAACGAUACUGUGACCAUCUUUGAUGUUCCGGCGUUUGCUUUCAGCAUCGUGCUAGCCGACCCGAAUGCGUACUACAGAGAUACACCGCAUACGACAGGAUACUUGUUUGGCGGAGGCGGAUUGAUGUGGGUUCCACCGGCGGAACAUGACAUUAACGACAACUGGCCAACGGGCUGGGAGUACGACGACAUCAAGCAGGCGUACGAACGUGUCGAGUCCCUCAACCCAGGCACGACGAUGCCUUCGGGCAACGGAGAGCGCUACGACUACGAGCCCGGCGCGUUUGGGCUCUUCUCAGAUUUGCUUGGAAAUGAAGGAUGGACGCAUGUCGAUGCGAUCGAGCAGCCGAAUGAGAAGCACUUGGUGUACAGUUAUCCACCACAAAACGUUGCUGCUGGAGAGGGCAUCAGAGCUGGACCUCCUCACGUCUACUUCUCCCUGGCGCUCGAAAACGAGAACUUCUCUCAUCAACUAAACGCCAAUGUCACUCGUGUGAUUCGAGAUGGCGGCCUCGUCACUGGCGUCGAAGUUGAGAACGAGGAUGGUUCCCGCUCAAACAUCAGUCUAAAUGAAGGAGGCAAGGUCAUCCUCACAGCAGGAGUCUUUGGAACAUCGCGUAUCCUCUUCAACUCAGGCAUUGGACCCAUCGAACAGAUCGAGACUGUUGAGAAUGGUACUACAGGUGUCACUCUCCCUGACCGCAAGCAAUGGAUCGAGCUACCCGUCGGCGAGAGGAUCCGUGACCAUCCAAUCGUGACCUUGCUCGUCGACACGAGCAGCAGCGAUUUCACCUUCUUCAACAACUCAGCUCUCUACUUUGGCACCCCCGAUAGCAAAGAUAUCGAGCUCUACAACACAGAGGCAUCAGGCGUUAUCGCCCAAUCUCAACAACGCAUCCUACCCUGGACAUCCGUCACCGGCUCCGACAACAGAACCCGCCACAUCCAACUCACCAUCGCCGGCCAACAAGAAGGCCAACUCUCCGUCAAAGUCUACCUCACCCACGGCCUCACCUCCACCGGCACCAUAGCCAUCGAAGCCAACGGCACCAUGACCUGGGCCCAAGAACCCUGGUACAACACCGAAGGCGACAUCUCCGCCGCCGUGGCCUUCGUCGACGAGUUCCGCGGGUAUCUCGAGGGGUCGAGGACGUUGGAGUUGACGGCUUCGCAGAGGAAUUUGACGUCGAGGGAGCUUGUGCUGGGGGGUUAUGGGACGGGGCUGCAUUUUGCUGGGUCGGCGGUGAUUGGGGAGGUGAAUGAUGGGGGGAGUGUGGUUGAUUUGGAUACGAAGGUCUGGGGAACGCAGAACUUGUUCGUUGCGGAUGCUUCUUUCCAUGCGGAUGUGCCGACGGGGAAUAUUCAGGCGCAAGUGGCUAUCAUGGCGGAGCAUGCUGCUGGUAAGAUCAUCAGUUGCAGAGUUUAA